ACUCACAAACCCAGCGAGAUCAUGACCUGAGCUGAAGUCAGCCGCUCAACUGAUUGAGCCACCCAGGCUCCCCUCAUGUGUCUAUUUUUUAUAGAUGUGUCUAGAAGAAUGUUAACCAAAAUGUUAAGAUUGUAAGACCUUGAAUAGUGCUUAUUUCUUUUUGUACUUUUAUGUAUGGUUUGGAUUUUUAAAGUGAAAUGUAUAUCAAUUUAAUGAAAAGUAAAAUAUUUUAAGAAAAAUUGUGUUUUUUAACAAACAAAACUGAAAUAUUUUCCUUUCAUUGAAGCAUAUGGGACAAUGUAAAUGAGUUUAAAGUAGCACAGGUCUUCAAAAAUGUCUCUAUUUAAUUCAGAUUGAGCAUCUUUGUGUAGGCAAAACUUCCAUUUUACAUCAGUGUUCUCCAGACAUCUUAGGAAAUCACCUGGGACACUUAUGAGACUUCUGGUUCUAGAGCACCUGAAUCAGGCUCUUGGAAGAGAUUAGUUUUUAACGGAAUAAUCCAAUAUUUGAGCCCCUCAAGAGCACCGAGUUGGAAAUAAGUACAGCAUAUCACUGCAUUGCAGUAGUGUGAUGGUUCUGAGUAUUUCAUAAAAUUUGUACAAAGGCUAUAUAGCAGUAUUUUAUUCAGAGUUGCAGUUGCUUUCUGGUUUCUGCAAUUUCAUCUCACGUGGACAAGUUUUGAGACUAGACGUUUCUGGGCCAUUAUGGAUUUCUCCCUCUGCCCCUGCAGGCCAGUUUCUAUCUCUUCGUUUCAGAAUACUUGGCUCCAAGAAGAUCUGGGUUUCCAGACUGAAUGUUUAUGCAAUCACCAAAAAAAUUAUUUUAAAAAUUCUAAAGCACACUUCUAUAUUGGAACUUAUAGAUUCUUUCAAAUACAACUUUGAUCUUCACUUGAACAUCAUUGGACAGCAAAAGGAUUAAACAAUUGUGGAUUGUUCUAUUAUCCCUGCAGGAUACAUGAGACCUUUAAGGAAUUAUAUAUCACACGAAAGAAGCAUUUAAUGUGACUGAAAUCCAUGGAGGUUAGAAGGUUAGAAAGCUGACUUUCUGGUUUAUAUCCCCAGGGCAUCAACUAAUUACAACAGCUAUGGAAUCUUGUGGGGAAAUAGGGAGUGAUCUUUUGCUCCUUUCCUGUCCUUUGCUUUGCCAUUAAAAAAUCUCUCUUCCCUCUCCCUUCGGAACAGAUGGAACAGUCUGAUCAUCUGCAUGUAAGCAAUUGAAACUUGCUUUCUAGGAGAAGUUCAAUAGAAUAAAGUAUUUAUCAUUUUCAAUGUAGUUUAUGUGGCUUAUGAAAGAUUAGGAGUUAAUUCAUGAUAUAUAAUGUUGGCUUGGGAGAAAGUGACACGUUUUGUUUUUAAAGUUAUUCAGACUUAUGAAUAUUUUCAUCUUAUUGAUUCUUAAAUUUUAUGUUUCUAAAAAUCAAAGGAUAUGUGAGCAGCUAUAAUUAUGAAACAGGUGGAGAGAUGGAAUUCAAAGAAUAUUAACAUUUUUCUGUCAAGUAAGUGAAUGAGUCAUUGUGCAAAAGGUAUGAAAGAAACCUAGACCACUGGAUAGAAAAAGUUUCAUCUUUUCCUCUUCUUCUUCUUCUUCUUCUUCUUCUUUUUGAAAAGAGCAGAACAGUACAUUAUGCCAAAAGCUGAUUUUUACUUAUACUUUGCAUAAAAAUGGAUACACAAAAGCAAGAAGAGUUUGAUGCUUUGAGCUAAUUUGUCAUUUUGGACAUCAUCACAGGAUAUGGAACCCACAAUCUUCACAAAAAAGAAGAAAGAAAGAAAGAAAGAAGAAAAGAAAGAAAGAAAGAAAGAAAGAAAGAAAGAAAGAAAUUUAAAACCAUUUCAUCAUUUCCCGAAUACACAUUUCUUGGCAACUACUUCUGCUUCAAAGGUACUAUGCCUUCAUGUAUAUGCUUCACAAAAAAGGCUCCUUUAUAACAUGCAAACACGAAUAUCAGAAAACAGAUUAAACAGUCUCCAUUUUGAACUUCUUCACAAUUUCCACUGUAAUGCUUUUCAUUUAUGCUUUUUAAAAGAAAGCUUGUGGCUGGACUUUUUUGGUGGGGGUAGGGGGUCGGGAGGAAGCCUAGCUCCAAGAAAUGACCAGGAUCCACAUUCAGUGUUUUCAAAAUCACUGUAAAAUUAAAAUUGGGGUUUUUUUCUUUUUCAGUUUCAUUUACUUUCACGUUUUGUUUUGUGCACAAACCAGUGCACAAACUGGUUUUCUAGUGAACCUGAAUACUAGAAUGUAAAUUCAAAGGGAAAAAAAAUGACUGAAAAGAAAUCUUCAGUCACAGGUUCCUUUAAAGCUAUACAGAAGUGCCCUUACAAAAACAUGUCUUGUUUCUGGUGAAAUGGAUCCUUCUUUAUCUGACGUCAAGUGACUAAAUUAUUGUUUUCCUGAGAAAGACUCUUGGCUAGGAUUUCCAUUUGUCUUUAUAUUUACUUAGUGAGAGGUGUCUGUGACUAUUCACUUUCACAAAACGAAGAAAAGCAGAGGAGAGAAUCCAUGUCUUCAAGAGGCUAAAGGACAGAGUAUCGAAAUGGCCUGGAAAAUGUUCAAAAUUAACGUCAGAAAGUCAAAUGUUCACCUAGGGCUCAGCCGGGGAGAAACGAAAGAAAAAUCAAUAUGCAGCCAAAGAAUGGCUUCAUUUUUCUAGAAGGUGACCCUCCAAGAGAGUCCCUCAGCAACAGCCCCCGAGUUCCAGAAACUGUCCAGAAGCCUGAUGGUCAGCUUCAGCAUCUGUGUGGGACUCAGGCUUCUUGCCCAGUCUUUAUAGCAGCAAAAUGCAUGCGGCAGUGGUGGUGACCAGCGUGACACUGCUCCUGAGCGUGGUGCGGGCCUCUCACUCUCUCUGCUCACCCACCAUUUUUUACAGAGACUGCUGGAUCCGUCGCUUUCCGGGUCUUCUGAUUGAUCUGGAGGAGUCUCAGAAGCUGGGAGCUCAGUUCCUGAAGUAUUACUCUGAAGGCACUGGCCAGAAAUGCAGCAGGAGCUGCUGCCUUAGGAAGGAUGUUUCCUGUAACGUGGCUGUCUUCUACCAUGAUCCUAUUCACGACAAUGUCAACUGCCUCCAUAUUCACUGCCCAACAUUGGAGAGCUGUGUAUUAGAGCCUGGAACCAGUGCCAUUUUAUACAACAUAACAGAAGGUAUAGAUCCAGAUUUGCUGGUUUUUGAACAGUCACCUCCCGCAUAUCUAAAUACCCGUUCUUCAUCUAACACAGGGGACAGACUAAGGAUUCUAAAAGCUGCAAAUUUAGGUAAACAACAAAGCACCAUGAUAAACCCAAAGCUACCGUCAGUAGAGGCACCAUCAUCAAGCACACAUCGAGAUUUGGUUGUAAACACAAACAAGACCAGGUCUUCCAGGGAAUUAACCACAGAUUCUCGGGCAAGCUUCAUUUCCCUGAAUGACUCCAUUACCACAGAGGUAAAUAUGGUGUCACACAGUACUGAUUUCAUCAACAAUCCAGAUAACAAGACCGUUUCUCCUUUCUUUAUGCCAGUAGACACAAAACUUUUUCAUAGGCCUAUUCCAUCCAGACUCAACAGUAGCAAACAAUUACUGAACAAAACCAAGGGGUACAACAGCAGAAACCACACAUCUGAGAAUGAAGACAUGACACCUGAUGGGGCAUCUGUGACUCCAAAUAUGUGGCUGGCUCCAGUGGCCCUCUGUACCUCUGUCAUCUUUCUUUGCUGUUGUAUAAUCAUCUUGGCAUCUGGAUGCUGUAAAAAGCAGAGCCAGUCUAAACCAGGACAGAGAAACGUCAGGAUCCAGGCAAAUUAAAAAAAAAAUAAUAAUAAUAACACUCUGAAGGAGAACUCUUAAUAGUAAAAGUUACAGGGAGAUUGUAAGCUUUCAAGAGUAUCAUUUUUAUUUUCUGUAAGACAAGGGCAGUUUGGUUAAAAAAAAAAAAUUGCACAGGAUGCCCACUCCUACCAAUCUCUAAAAAAAGGCCAAUGCUUGAUAAAUUUAACUGCUUUUUAAAUUAUUUCCAUUUUUUGAAGUGUACCUUUUGCCAAAGUUCCAAAAUUCUGACCCCUGCAGUUAUUCAGCACUUCAUGAGAGAUAUGGUUCUAAGUGCUAUGCAUGUAUUCACUCAUUGAUUUCUUAUAACUUUAUGAGUUAGGUAUGCUUUUAUUAACCAUUAUAGUAUUAUUGUCACAUUUUACAGAUGAGGGAAAUGAGAAGAGAGGCUAACUAUCCUGCCUAAAGUCACACACCUAGUAAGUAGUGAAGCCAGGACCUAAAAGACAAUCUGGUUCAAAAGUUCAUGCUUGAAAUCACUCUCAGACUAAAAGCCUCCAUUUUCCCAAAGUGCGUGGAAAAAAGAUACAGAGAGGAGAAUACCAUAUAUGUCUACUGUCAGGGUCAAAUUAGUGUCAUCUAUGUUAAUAAAAUCUUGUAGUGGUUUGAACAGAAGAGCAUUAUUAUUAGUUACUAGCCCAUGUGCAAAUGCUUCCUAUUUUUAUAUAGGAAGGAUUUACUGUUCAAUUGAUUAAUUCUUUUUAAUCCUAAUUCAUCUUCAUUUUCUGAAGCUGACAUGGCUUUAAAUAACCUUGGUACUGGAAUCUUUGAGUUUUGUGUUGAUCUCUGUUGAAUAAAGCACGGGAGUUUUAGUUUACAUCCCUCACUUGUUUCUUAUACAUUGUUUCCCCAGGUACAAAUAUUAGCUGUAGAUAUUUCAGCUCUGUCAAAAUUUUACACCUGAUUUACCUCCCUAAAUCUUACAUUCAGACUCCUAAGUGCAGACACCUUUAAUCCAAGUCUCCACUGAUUUUAAACUUUAGGUCCUUAAUCUCAUUCCUGAAAUUCUUCCUAAAUGUGAGGACAGAUAUUAAGACAGCCAAUAAGCAUGAAGAAUAGAUAAGAGGAAAUCCUAUUAUAGGAUUAAUAAAAUAGUAGUUCUCUCUUCUAUUAAAACAAAUUGUCCAGUGGCUUAA